GAGCGUGAGCGACCGACGACCCCAUGGGCCAUAUCCAUGUCAUACGAUAUCCCAAAGGAACAAAGGCGCUCGGCAUUCUUAUACGAAAGAACCGAUGAAUCAGACCGCUACAUACUUCCUGAUUGGCUAUACGGAUUCCGAUUGGGUAUACGGAUUCCGAUUGGGGCGGGAUAGCCUACAGAGCGCCCCCAUCUCUGUUUACUUCCGGAGGUUUACUAGCGGGUGUUGGUCGACUCGUUAAAGCUAGGAAUAAAGGGACUUUCCGGGCAGCCUUAAUCUGUAAUUGAGGUUGGAACUGAAAUGCCUGGGAUCAGUGUACAUACGAUGGCUACAACUAAGGGGAUGCGAAAGUCCUACCAACCCUUUUGCUCGAGACAUUUUAACGGGGUCUAUUCUGCUUCGUUUUCUGCGACUACUAUCUAUCGAGAUUAAAUAAACGGGUUUGCAAGCUUCAGAGAGGGAUUCACUCGGAUCAUUAGGGGCUGCCGAGUGCCUACAAACAGACCUCAGUUACCUAUAUUGGUUUGGGACUGGAGUGUGAAACACACUGGGAAAAUUACCCUCAGCUUUGGAACACUUGCUUAUUAUACACUCUGCAGACCUUGGGGAAGUUUCUAAAUCUCGCCGUGACACAUAUGAAAGAUACCAUAACCUUAUAUGAUGCCGAAUGGCAAUUUACGUACCGGCAACUUUUUUAUGCUAGCAGUUACUGCAGGCGAAUAAUUGCGCAGCUACCUACUCCAGCAUUUCAGGGGCGCUCCGGUGAGUUACGACAGAAGGUAUCUUCACGCGGGCAAACAUACCCCAAGUCAAUCCGAUGUUGGAAUGCUUCUGAAUGAAUAACUCGCAAACAACCGCAUCAGUUUAAUGCAGAACGCGUUAUCAAUUUUAAGAAUCACAACAAUAACAACAGAGUUUUCGAGGUCAUCAAAAAAUCUCUUUUAUCAAUUUGAUAAUCCGCACGUCUCUUUGAAUUAGAAACAUGGAUCAAGGCCCUGUCGUUCUGGCUGACCAAAUAGACGAGCAACGAAAUGGUGCACCGAAUCAGAAGAGAUGAUCUAAAUCAACAUGACAGGUUUACUUGCCACCUCGCCUCCGCACCGUCCAGCGACAAGUUGGUUUUGCUUUUAUCCUGUCAGGGCGGCUAGACCAAAUCAGCAUCAGAGAGUUAUUCUACCUGACCCCGGGCACUGGAACAUCGAGUUGAACCGUGUUUCACUGCUCUCUGCGCUGUUUGUAAUAGCGACCGACUAUCGUUAAGAAAUCGAGAGAGGCCUACUUGCAUUGUAUGGCCGCGAAUCUGUCGAGGUUCCCAUGGCGUGGCAGGAACUUCGCGUUCCUGCCACGCUACAUUGCUUGCUGUCGGUUCUUUUGCACCUAUGUUAAGUUACAAGCACGGGUCUCGGUCUGUUACGUGAUAUCCGUUCAGAAGCUUGUUAUCAUUAUAGCUGUUGAAGGAAAUAAAUCCAUGGGUUGUUUCAAUCCCUUUCCAUUUAAUUAGAUCUAUCCAGUCUGUCCUCAUUAGAAUGACUGGUGUUCGCCUCAGCGAGCCCUCAUCUUUUGUGGUGGCUUGCAGAAACCGCCCCUGUUCGUAUAUGGCUAAUAUAUCAACAAGCCAUCACAUCCACCUACGCACCCGACUUCGUAUGUUGACCGACCCCGGAGCGGAUAACCGUCGGUUUAUAGUUUUUUCAGCAGCAGCUGUUUGACGAUUCAGAGAAUCUCCCUGGUGAUGAUGUGCUAGAGUUGAGUUGCGUCGCAAGCUCACCACAGCAUCUAGAAAUCCGGUUCUUGUCCCGGCCAUCUAUCUCAAACAGACCCCCAACCGGCAAUCCAGGCGUUUAUGGCCGAUUAGCUUCAUUUCACCGCCGUCCUCGAUUUUUGGUCCUAUAUCGAUUCCACGGAUAUUGGAGACCGUCUUAGAAAAUUUUACAAUACAUACGACUAUUUAUCAUAGCCAUUGAGGCUGCAUUGACAUUCCUAUUCUGGGCAUUGUAUUUUCGGGAGAAAGAUUAUCAUAUGAGCGAGUGUUGCCCAUGGCCCUCGAAAGACUUCGAAUAUCAUGAACUGUGCAGCCACUAUCCCCUUAUUGAGCCGGUUAGAGGACAGUUUGACCUCACUCACGGCCAGCUCGAACAGAUGUCGGAGACUAGGGAAGGGAAUUGUACCGACGCAUUGCGACGCACAGACCUGGAUGGGCACCACUAGAUGAUAUUCGAAUUUCUAUAAUGUGGGUGAAAUUCGAUAACUCCUUGACCGCCGGCAUGUUUCGACUUGUUCUUUUCGGCCUAGCGGCUGAUACUCCUGGCCCUCCUGCAGCCAUGUUCACUAUAUGCGUUGUUCACGACGCUUGACAUUACACGGUCAGCAAAAUCCUGGGCGCAAAUGGUUCCUUUUCGCAACCUUCUCGAACUUGAUGCCCGAUUUUCUUUUCACGCCUAACGGAGUCCCGAGGAAGGGCUGCGAUGGCUUAGUUUGAUGUCUAUCACCUGCGGGUAUUUAUCAUUGCCUUAUGUAUUCCCACCGAACCCAACUUUAAUGGCAUUCUGUGGGUUUGGGCUUGUGGUACUAUAAACAAUUUGUGGGGGAAGGUUUUAUAUUAGAGAAUCAAUAACUGGGCCGAGGAAACCCUUAACAUAUGAAAAUAGUUACCGCCGGAAAACCCCCACUGGAUAUAUCAGCAAACACUUUUUGAACAUUUUGACGGCUCGGUGUGGUUGUCUACCUCGGUGAAGCAAGCGCAAUUCAACCUUAGGAUUCCUCGAGGCAUCGUUCUUUUACCAGUGCAUUGCGGUUGUCGAGUUAAAAUUCAACCAGGCAACCCAGGCACAGCAUAACACGAUGUACUUCCCGUUGAUCAAGCAGUAGGUAAGUUCGGGUGGUUCAGAGGCCCCAGCACAAUUGUCAGACGAUCUUCCUGAUAGGGCGGCAGGCAAGGAAAGAAUUAAUUUCCGGGCGUAUAGACAGGUUAGCCAUGUAGCAACAAGUCCCAGGUUGGAAUUGUUCUCACGGAUGCGACCUGAGAAAAAAUCAUGCACCAGAUGUUCAGAAAUGAGCAGGGAGGUGCAACAAUUGUGAUGCCCCUUUUUUUUUUCUGACCCUAAGAUUGCAAUGUAAUCAUCCCCCAGAACAGUUUUUUGCCUGCUUUCUUUCUCACUCUCGACUCCCCGAAAUUACAGUACCUUUGUCGAAAGAUUUCCGAAGUGGUUUUGGACAGGGAGGAGACCUUGAGAAUCAUGGUUCAGUGCCGCGCAUGGCUGAAAUAUGCCACAAUAUACACCAGCAUGACCCUCAACGAGCAGGAAGACACCAUGGACAAGUUCAAUUUAGGUAAAGUCGCGGGCGGAAAAGUCCUCUUACCAACAGGUUCUUCGACUGGCGCUCAGAAUGAUCUGAACAGGCCCAUCAAGACAUCGGUCGCAUUCAGGGGGUUCAAGGACACAACCGGGAUAUAUCAGUAGUUGCAGCCGUUCUCAGACGGAGGACGGAGUAAUACCUUUCUUGAUCCGUGCGAUCAAUGACAAUGACGUAUUACGGUUCUAUUGACUCUCCAGUUAUACAUACAAAUACUGGCGGCUCCUGUUGUGUAGAAAAGUCCGGACCUUGCAGAUUGUUAGGCCACUGGGCCAAAAGAGCUUAAUCACCACCAGCGCCAUGGUGGUAAAGAGGCCCUCCAACACAGAUAGGGCCUAAUUACAUCCCGUAGAACCGAUGAAAACCUUUAGACAGAGAAGGAUCUGUCAAUCCGUCAACCCAAUCUCAGAAGAAGGAGGGUGGUGGAGUCAGACGAGUCCUUGCAGGAGAUGGUUAGGGAUCUUGAGAAGAAGCUUCAUGCCCCUACAGGUGGAGUCCUUGCCCCAGAAGUCCUCAGACACUUAAAUACAGCAAGCAUAAAAAGUGGGUUGGAAGACUCUUAUUGGCGCAAGGAUUAGAUAUAACUAGGUGUUAAAGCCAGCUCGCGGAACCGAAGGGUUGAGCUGGACCAAGUCAUCAACAAUGAUCCUCUUAAUCCUAUGCAGUUCUGCCUCUGUAAGUGUUGUUUCUGCUAAAACAAAAGGAUCUGGGACCCCAACAUCUAAUACAAUGUCUUCAUCCUUGUCCUUGGGUCCUUCGGGCUGAGGAUCAUAGAUUUCACAACUCUGUUUCCAAGUCCUCUUAAGCCAUGUUCAUGAGCUCAUCAACUUUUUCCUUAAAGUUCUCAAGCAGGAUAGCCGUAAAUAGGUGUUCUGCUUCCUGCAAUUUGUCCUCUAGUACAUUAGAGGAGGCCUUAGACCCCCUGGGCUGGAUGAGGUUUGAUUACUUGUAGUUCCAAAAGGCCAGUGUGCUUUAG